AUGUUGCUCAACUGUUCUGUUGCUAGAGGUGCCAGCUAUCCAAGCAUUUUGAGUAGUCUGGCUAGAUGUCGGGCUCCAGCUCGGGAUCUAACGAGACAGCUGCUCAUUAAGAAAAGCUUCCAUGCUAGUGCUAGUGCUCAAUCCACUUAUGAGGAGGAGAAGGUUGUCUUGGAUGAAAUGGCUAAUAAGCUAAAGCCAUCUGAUAUUCAAGCAGCCAAUAAAUUGCGUAACAUUGGUAUCUCGGCGCACAUUGAUUCUGGUAAGACAACCUUUACUGAACGUGUUUUGUAUUAUACUGGUAGAAUCAAGGCUAUUCACGAAGUUAGAGGUCGUGAUAAUGUCGGAGCUAAGAUGGAUUCUAUGGAUUUAGAAAGAGAGAAAGGUAUCACAAUUCAAUCGGCUGCUACUUACUGUUCGUGGGAAAAGGAGAAACAACCAUAUCAUUUCAACCUUAUCGAUACCCCAGGUCACAUAGAUUUCACUAUUGAAGUGGAACGUGCCUUGCGAGUCUUAGAUGGUGCUAGUUUUGGUUGUUUGUGCUGUAUCAGGUGUUCAAUCGACAAACAGUUACAGUUGAUCGUACAAAUGCGUAGAUAUAAUGUCCCAAGAGUUACCUUCAUCAACAAGAUGGAUCGUAUGGGUUCAGAUCCUUUCAGAGCUAUUGCUCAAAUCAACUCCAAAUUGAAGACUCCUGCUGCAGCUGUGCAAGUUCCUAUUGGCGCGGAAUCCGACUUGGAAGGUGUAGUUGAUAUCAUUAAUCGUGUUGCUUUGUACAACAAAGGUGAUAAUGGUGAGAUCAUUGAGAGGGGCCCUGUUCCAGAAUCUUUGAAAGAUUUGGUUGAGGAAAAGAGACAAGUUUUGAUCGAAGCUUUGGCCGAUGUAGAUGAUCAUAUGGCUGAAUUAUUCUUGGACGAACAAGAGCCCAAUCCAGAACAAAUUGUCGGUGCUAUCCGUAGAGCUACUAUCGCAAGAAAGUUUACACCGGUUUUGAUGGGGUCUGCGCUUGCAAACACUGGUAUUCAACCUGUUCUCGAUGCGAUCGUUGAUUAUUUGCCUAAUCCAUCCGAAGUUUUGAACACUGCAUUGGAUAUCGCUCACGAAGAAGCUAAGGUGAAUUUGGUCCCAUCCGCUCAACAGCCAUUUGUCGGUCUAGCGUUCAAACUGGAAGAAGGUCAAUACGGACAACUUACUUAUAUUCGUGUCUACCAAGGUCGUUUGAGAAAGGGCGGUUACAUCACCAAUGUUAAGACCGGUAAGAAGGUGAAGGUUUCUAGAUUAGUGAGAAUGCACUCCAACGAUAUGGAAGAUAUUGAUGAAGUUGGCUCCGGUGAGAUUUGUGCCACUUUUGGUAUCGACUGUUCUUCUGGUGAUACCUUCACCGACGGAAGUGUUGAUUACUCGAUGUCCUCAAUGUACGUUCCCGAUGCUGUCGUUUCAUUGUCCAUUCACCCAAAGACCAAGGAUGCAAGUAAUUUUUCGAAAGCAUUAAAUCGUUUCCAAAAGGAGGAUCCAACUUUCAGAGUUAGGUUUGAUGCUGAAUCCAAGGAGACCAUUGUAUCCGGUAUGGGUGAAUUGCAUCUUGAAAUUUACGUGGAAAGAAUGAGACGUGAAUACAACGUUGAGUGCACAACCGGUAAGCCCCAAGUUUCCUAUAGAGAAUCCAUUACCAUUCCUGCUGACUUCGACUACACCCACAAAAAACAAUCCGGUGGUGCUGGUCAAUUCGGUAGAGUUAUUGGUACCAUGUCUCCAGUGGAAGAAGGUAACAAACACAACACCUUUGAGACCGCUGUCGUUGGUGGCCGUAUCCCGGACAAGUACCUAGCAGCCUGUGGUAAAGGUUUCGAUGAAGCUUGUGAGAAGGGUCCUUUGAUCGGCCAUAAGGUCAUUGGUGUGAACAUGCUGAUCAACGAUGGUGCCAUUCAUGCUGUCGACUCUAAUGAAUUGGCCUUCAAAACUGCAACCAUGGCAGCAUUCCGUGAUGCCUUUUUGAGAGGUCAACCGGUCAUUCUUGAGCCUAUCAUGACCGUGACUGUUACUUCUUCAAAUGAAUUCCAAGGAAAUGUCAUUGGUAGUUUGAACAAGUUGCAAGCAGUGAUUCAAGAUACAGAUAAUGGUCCAGACGAGUUCACCAUUAAGGCUGAAUGUCCUUUGAGUAAUUUAUUUGGUUACGCUACAUCAUUGAGAGCAUCUACGCAAGGUAAAGGUGAGUUCACACUAGAGUUCAGCCACUAUGCACCUACGGGCGCCCACGUUCAAAAGGAGUUGAUCGCUGAAUUUGAGAAGAAGCAAUCCCAGAAGAAGUAG